AUGGGUCGCACUGUACUGAUGGUGGCGGAGAAGCCCUCCCUUGCAGAGAGCAUUGCUUUUCAUCUCUCCAAUGGCCAGUCGGCUAAGCGACCACGCGCGUUGCCGGUCUACGAGUAUUCUGGCUACUUUUUUAACGUCCCCGCCCAUUUCAAGGUGACCAGCACAACCGGCCACGUUUUUUCCUGCGACUUCACUCCACAGCACCAGAGCUGGGAUCGCACAGAAGAAGAGACGCUCUUUGGCGCCCCUGUCGUUUGGAAGGAUGAGACGGGCAAAGUCAGUCGCCACCUUGCAAAUGAGGCGGAAGGCUGUGACGCACUUGUGCUUUGGCUUGACUGCGACCGCGAGGGGGAAAAUAUCUGCUUUGAGGUGAUGCAGGUGGUUCGGCGAAGCAUACACGAUAUGCGGGACAUUUGGCGCGCCAAAUUCUCUGCCAUCACACGUGAGGAGAUUACCCAUGCCUUUGCGCACUUGGGCAAGCCCGAUAAAAACGUUUCGGACGCCGUCACUUGCAGGCAGGAGUUGGACCUGAAGGUGGGCGUCGCCUUCACACGCUACCAGACGAAGUACUUUCAAGGCAAAUAUGGCGAUCUGGACGCCAGCGUGGUCAGCUACGGUCCCUGUCAGACGCCAACGCUGGCGUUUUGUGUGCAGAGGCAUGAUGAGAUAUUGAACUUUAAGCCAGAGAACUAUUGGAAGUUGGUGCCCGUGUCGAAUCGCUUUGGAACCUUACUCACAUUUGACUGGGUUCGCGGACGUGUCUUUGAUGAGCUAAUGGCACGCCUGCUACAUCAGAAGGUCUCCGGCCACAGGUCGGCGAAGGUGGUGGACGUCUCCGUGGGCGUCGACACACGAGCGAGACCCACUGCCCUCAACACGGUGGAGCUGAUGAAGGUGGCGAGCAAAGCUCUCGGGAUGGGGCCGCAUCACGCCAUGCAGGUUGCGGAGAAUUUGUACAUUGGAGGUUACAUUUCCUACCCUCGCACCGAAUCCACGGCGUACCCGUCGUCGUUCAACUUUAUGAGCGCCCUCACCGCACAGGAGCGAAAUCCGCUAUGGGGCACGUAUGUUCAGGAGCUGCUUGCACACGGACACACGCGACCCAAGGCAGGCAAAGACGCUGGUGAUCAUCCUCCGAUUACGCCUAUGCGUUCGGCAUCUCUCGGGGACUUGUCCGGUGAUUCAUGGCGGUUGUAUGAGUACAUUGCACGUCAUUUCAUUGCCACGCUUUCACCUGAUUGUAAAUUGACCCGAACAAAGCUUUUGGUUGAAAUUGGUGGGGAAUUGUUUAGCUUUACUGGCAAGGUGGUGGAGGACCCGGGAUUUACGACGAUUCUUCCCCAGUUUGCUGUGGCGGACGACAAGGUUCCAACAAAUAUUCAGAUUGGGAGUGAAUUUCCCAUCUCGGAUGUUCGCUUGCAAGCGGGCCAAACACAACCGCCAGGAUACCUGACCGAGGCGGACCUCAUUGGACUUAUGGAGAAAAACGGCAUCGGUACAGAUGCAUCCAUCUCACAGCACGUGAACAACAUUGUUGAGCGUGGUUACUGUGCAGUGAAGCCAGGUCGUGUCAUGGAGCCAACCAAACUUGGGGUUGUCUUGAUACAUGGAAUCAAGAGCAUUGAUCCAGAACUGGUGCUGCCUUUGGUACGAAGCAAGGUGGAGGAAUAUGUAACUUGCAUCGCCGAAGGCGCCGCUACACUGGAUGAGGUGCUUUCCUAUUCAUUGGACCUUUUUUUUGGUAAAUUUCGAUUUUUUAAACAAAACAUUGAACGCUUUGAUGCCCUUAUGGGAGCCUCCUUUUCCUCCCUUGCUGCUUCAGGCAAACCCAUCACUCGCUGCGGAAACUGCAUGCGGUAUCUGAAGCACCUGGAGGCUCGACCACAACGGUUGUAUUGUCCUUACUGCGAGAUUACCUACAUGCUGCCUCAGGGAGGAACCAUUAAACAGUACUCUAGCUUCAAAUGUCCAUUGGACAACUUUGAGCUCGUCAUUUGUCACGUGGAUGGGGGGAAGUCUUUCCCAAUCUGCCCGAACUGCUACAAUAACCCACCGUUUGAAGACCUACAAAAGCGCGACGGACGACAAUAUAUGGCGUGCGACGAGUGUCGACACCCAUCAUGUUAUCAUUCUCUUGCCACGAACUACGUGGCCGACUGCGUCGAUGAACGGUGUGAUGGCUGCAUGGCAUUUGUGCCGCGUACCUCAGGAAAGUGGAAGAUCUGCUGCAAUCACUGCACCAUGAUGAUUCUGCUUCCCCCCACAGCUCAGCGUGUGUAUGUAAGCUCGGAGGAAUGUGACGAGUGUGGUGCCAUGAUGAUGGAUUUGCAGUUUCCGGAAGGAAAGUCGCCACUUCCAAACCGCAAAGAUCGCAUUGUGGCAUGUGUGUUCUGCGACCCUGCACUUAACUCGAACGUGUCGGAGGUGCGGGGACGCUUGGGCAACUUCAGCCGACGCGGAGGUGGCGGUGGCAAUGCACGCGGCCGCGGUCGGGGACGCGGUCGCGGACGCGGACGCGGUGGCGGCGGUAGGGGUCGUGGAUGGAGCGGUGGCCCCUACUAA